GUAUGAGUCAAUUCUAUAAUCUUACCAUAAGCUAUUUUUAUGUAUUUGAUAAAAUCCAAAUUUUUUCUUGAAUUUUGGAAUUAUUUAAUUCAGUCCUUAUCAGCUAAAUCUCGCCAAAACUUUUCUCAUUGAAAUUGUUAUUGAAAUCCUACAUAAAUAUGCGGAGUACAAGAAAAAUGUCAUAUCGAUUCAGUUAGCCGUUAGCGAUGGUGCGGUUUCUUUGGCUGUUGUUCGUUUGUUCGAUUGCGGUGGCUUCGCCAUCUCCGUGGGGGGCGGUUUUCCAAGAGCUCAACAGAAAUGUGCAGGACCUUCUGGAUCAGCAGAUGAACCGUAAAAUGACCCUUAUCAUGAAAAAAUUAGAGUACGAGUCGUAUAUCCCGGGCAUCAAUCAGUCAAGCGUGGAGGCCCAGACCUUGAGCAACUACCUUGCAUGCCGCUACGGUAACCUACGGAUGGAAGAAACCGAUGCGCAGCAUAAGGAAUUGAUGGAAGAAAUAGAGAAACUUGGAUGGCUUCAAGUAUGUUUACGUUUAACUAAAAAGGACAUAAUAGAGUUGAAGGUUGCCGAGAUUCCAAAGUAUCCCGAGGAAUUUAUACUUGAAGUAGAAAAACCCGGAAUCUUUGUCGAAGUCCUAAAUGAAACGGAUGAUAUUGAGCUUAGAGAGCUAGAAUCGGCCAUAAAGAAAAUAACCGAUAAUGACAUCGAUGAAGAAUUCAGAGUUAUAAGUCUUUUGGACCUGUAUUUAGCAACCGAAUUGGAUUUGCGGGAAUUCUAUAAUACAAAAUACUUCGAAAAUUUUGAUGUGCAAGUACGGGGCUUGGAUUAUUUAUUGAACCUCAGCCAAAUAAUGGUUAAUAAUAGCAGAACCGUGGUAUCUGAAUAUUUGUACAAACGACUUGCUUACCAAACAAAACAAAGGUUUGUCUUGCCAAAAGAUUGUAUCAAGGCUGUUCGCCAAAACUUUCACUUAGCCUCGAAUCUACUGUACGAGGAGUAUUCAGAAGACCCCGCCAUCCAGGACGUAAAGAAACUGUUCAACGAUAUACGUGGGAUAUUCCUUAAAGUUAUCGAAAAUAUCCCCAUCGUUCUAUCUACUGAGCAGAAGAUUUUUCUUUCGGGUAAAGUCAAAGAAUUUGCUCUUAACGUAGGUAAUUGGCCAAUAGGCGAGGAUCAUCACAACUUUGUCAGCAAGCACUACAAGGAACUGAAUACAUCCUGGACAGAUCAAGAAACAGUCGUAUAUGGUCUGUACUUAUCAAUUUUAAAAGUUGAUUUAACUUGGAACGAAUACUGGUUCGACACCCCACUAAAGAUGAUUUCCUCAAAUUCGAAUGUCAUCAGUGUACCCUAUGAACUACUACAGAAGCCGUUCUACAUGGCGGGAAAUGAUAUCGUAUCUAAACAGGGCCUGAUGGCAUUCGGUCUAGCAGCCCAUAUGUUAGAAAGCGUAAUUUUGAACAACCCAAACACCAUCGACAACAUUAAAAGUGACAUAGAAAAGAAGUUCAAUAUUGUUAAACAAAUUUUUUUUAAGUCUUAUCCCGAAUUUAUUAAGAAUCUGCUUCACUUUAUUAAGAGAACAGGAUUAAUAGCACUGGAUUCACUAGAAGAGAUGCCGUACCUUAUGGAAGGAAAUAAUUCCAUAUCUAAUUACAGAAAGGCAUUCGUUUUCGUUAUGGAAAAAAUGGACAGCUUGAUUUCCAACGAUACAAAUGGAAUAGACAACAUUCAAAGUUACCUUCAAAAUCUUCUUUUAAAUUCAACAGAAAGCUCGUUUUCCAACGACAUAAAGGGAACCGACAACAUUAAACAGUUUGAGUCUCGCCGAAAUGGAGCAAUUCGUACACAUUUUCAAUUUACAUAUGCCAUUUUAUUCGUACUACUAAGUUUUUCUUUAAUAUUUUAAUUCUUAACGUAACAACAAGUCGAAAAUAUUAAUUAACUAUUUGAGCCAGUUAGGUAUAGAAAUCAAUGUCUUAAUCUUAAUCAAUGUCAAUCUUAUUUUCAGAUUAUAAAUUUCAGUUUGCAUUCAGUAUCAGUUGUUUUUAGUUUGCUUAAAAAACUUCUUUGUAAUAAAUCGAACAUUCAAACUUAACUUGUUUUACCUCCUUUUUUUCACGAACUUACUUUUCUAUAUUUUAUUUAGGAAAUGUAAAAA